AUGAUUCCAGCCACAACCGCGCACCAGAAAGCCGCCGGUGCCCGCGGCAGGCCACAGCACCCUCUCUGCCCUGAGCAAGCGGAUCAGCCUCGGGAAAGGAGGAUGCUCUUGUGCAAGACGGCGGGCAGCAAUUCCCGCCGCUCGGACGGGCAUCCCCCGAGCCGGGGCUGGAUCCCCCGAGCAGAGGGCUGGAUCCCUGAGCAGGGAGCUGGAUCCCCUGAGCAGAGGGCUGGAUCCCGCCGGGUGCGGGUGCGGGUGCGUGCCCGCCGCUGCCCCCCGCCCGCAGCCCCCGCCGGGCUGCCCAGCGCGGUGGGAUGCUCGCCCAGCGCGGUGGGAUGCUCGCCCAGCGCGGCGGGAUGCUCGCCCAGCGCGGUGGGGAUGCUCGCCCAGCGCGGUGGGGAUGCUCGCCCAGCGCGGCGGGGAUGCUCGCCCAGCGCGGCGGGGAUGCUCGCCCAGCGCGGUGGGAUGCUCGCCCCGCCGUCCCCGGCCCGGCCCGCCGCCCUACCUCGCCCGCCCGCGCCGCCGGCCGUGGAGUUGCCGCAGCCCAUGGGCGCUGCCCUGGCCGGCGCCGCGCCCGCCGGUGCGGUGCGCUCACGGGAGACAGCCGGCGGCGGGCGGAGCCGGGUGGGAGAUAAAGCCGCGGGGACCCCUCCUCCUCCUCUUCCUCCUCCUCCUCUCCCCACCCAUCGCCCGGGAAACCGCCGGCCCCGAGCGCCGCCCGGCCCCGGCCCCCAGCGCAGCCCCGUCCGUGCCCGAGCAGAGCCGCACCCGCCCGCACGGGCUGCGGCUGCUGAGCCGGAGGCACGGCUCAGCCCAGGCUCAGCCUGCACGACUCCGAACGACCCCCAUCAGGCAGCAAGCCCAGAGCCUCCCCGGGCACUGGAGAUGCUUCUUGGCUCACGCGUUUCACGGGAGCUUUGGGACACCCCUCAUCGCCCAGGGGAACAUCAGUGCAACCACAGGACCGGGCUGCAAACCCUGUAUCUGCUAUCAAUAACACCCUGUUCACUAUCUUAA